AUGAAGAGGGUCAUCAGAUAUUUCCAGGAUCAAGCCGUCCAAGCCUCCGAGCAAAAAUACUCUGGUUCGGCCUACCUCUCACCUCAAACGAAAGAACCUCAGCAACGUAUGACACACCAUAGUCGGUCGCAUUACAAAGAUCAGCACAACGCCCAUCACCAAUCCCGUUCCAAGCAUCCUAGCACCGCAGCGCAUAGCUUUCCAGCACACACAUCCGGAGGUGUUGGAAUUCCCAAGUCCAAUGGCCAACGAGAACCUUCACCACCGGCCAUUCCAGAAAAGCUCCAGCGUGAUAUAACUCGCCAUCAAUACGCCCAAGACAACAUACUACAGUCUUACGAGCUGUAUGUGCCUGAACUCGACUCUUUUCACCUUUCGGACUUGAAGGGAAACAGAUAUUGGGUCAUAUACAUCCAUGGCGGGUACUUCCGUGAUCCAACGGUGACGUCGUCCUCUUUCUACCCUGCCUUGUCGAAUUUGAUAUCCCAUGCCCAUAAUCACACUCUCCGUCGCCACUUCAAAUCUCACACAGAAACGACUUCAAGCGAUAAAGACAUAGCGUCGCAUAUCGCAGGCUACGCCUCCCUGAACUACCGACUCUCACCACAUCCCCAGUCACCACAAGAUCUUGAUACGACGUCUACGUACGAACUUCGAAAUGCCCAAUGGCCGGAUCACCUCCAUGACAUUCUCACCGCGAUCGCCCAUUUACAGGCCAAAUACGGCUUUGGAGAGAGAUACUUGCUGGUCGGACACAGUGUUGGGGCAACUAUGGCUGUGCUGAGCACUCUUGUGGCUGAGAAAUCUUUCAGGGACCCUCGAAAUCUAGCGAAAUCUGAUCUCCCCAAGAUUGACCCCCCAAUGGCCGUGCUAGGCGUUUCUGGAAUAUACGACUUUCCUCUCCUCCACGACUCUUUCCCCUCAUAUGUUGAGUUAACCAGGAACGCCAUUCCCGACGCCAGUGACGACAAUGCGGCAAGUCCGGCAAAAUUUUCUGCUCAAGAUUACCUUGACAUUUGGGCUAGUGGAGAUGGAAAAGGGAAGAAAAACAGGGCCAUGAUACUAGCACACUCGCGCGAGGAUGGAUUGGUCGAUUGGAAGCAGGUGGAGGCCAUGGAGAGAAUUUUUGGACCUGAGCCGACAUUGCAGGGUGAAAGUUCAGGCAAAAUUGUUUGGAAAGUUGUCCAGCUGAAGGGGAAACAUAAUGAAAUCUGGGAAAAAGGUCACGAGCUUGGCAGGGUCAUCAGGGAGGCGGUUGGUGUUAUGAGAGAUCUCGAUCAAUAA